UCCAACCGUCCCCUCCACCCCCCGGAGACCCCCCUCAUUGCCUGACACAGGCCCCUCCUUCUCACUCAGCCUCGGCUGCUUUGAGCUCUAAUCAUGGAGGACCCCGUCCCCAUCCGCGCGGACGCCAACACCAUGGACGAGGAGCGCACUCGGCGCAUUGCGCACGAGUACCUCGUCCGUAUUGGUGAGGCCAAGGCUUGGAUUGAGGUCUGCAUCCAGGAGGAGCUGCCCCCCGUCAUCGAGAUGGAGGACGCCCUGCGUAAUGGUGUGUUCCUGGCCAAGCUGGCGCGUUUCUUCUCGCCGGAGGACGUGCGCAAGAUCUUCGACGAGAAGCAGAAGCUUCCCCUGGGUCUGCGCCACUCGGACAACUUCAACGCCUAUCGCGUCGCCUCGCUGAAGGUCGGCCUGCCGGUCAUCUACUUCUUCGAGCUGACCGAUCUCUACGACAAGAAGAACAUGCCGAAGGUCAUCUACAUGAUCCAUGCCCUCAGUCACUUCCUCUUUGCCAAGGGCCUGGCCCCGCGCAUCGGCGACCUCAUGGGCACGCUCACCUUCACCGACGAGGAGCUGGCCCAGGCGUCCAAGAACCUGGGCGACCUGCAGCUGCCGGCCUUCGGGGACAUCGGCAACUCGCUGAACCGCGAGCUGGGCAUCGAUGACUCGGCUCGCCGGGAGAUCCGCGAGAAGCAGGCGGACUUCGAGUCGCGCAUCAGCGAUCUGAUCGAGUGGUGCAACACCUCGUCCAGCAACUUCCGCGACAACAUGCCGACCGAUGACAUCGUGGCCGACGACCUGUCCGGCCUGGUGUCCGGGUUCGACGCCUUCAAGACCACCGAGCUGCCCCCCCGCCGGGAUGCCAAGCAGCGCGUGCUGACCGCCUACCAGGACAUCGCCAAGCGCAUGGCCGACAACGACAUGGGCGAGUACGAGGUCGAUGAGAAGGUGUCCCCGGCGGCGCUGGAGUCCGCCUGGGAGGUCCUCGUGGCGGCCAUGGACGACUUCGACGCGGCCCUCACCUACAACCAGAAGCGCCUGCGUCAUGAUGCCGAGGCCGAGGGCCUGCAGGACUGGAUGGCGGCCAAGACCGCCGCGCACCAGCCCCCGGCUCCGACGGCCCUGCAGACCAUGAACUCGGUCCGGGUGCAGUCGCUGCUGGAUGACUUCCAGACCUACUCCACCGCGGAGAAGCCCACCAAGCAGGCGCUGCUGGGCCAGCUGAAGGCCGAGAAUGCGGCCUUCGGCGCCGAGCACGGGUAUGUCCCCCCGGAGCCGGCCACCGAUGCCAGCCUCGAUGCCGGCUGGGCCCGGCUGGAUGAGGCCGAUCAGACCUAUGGCGCGGCUCUGGCCGUGGCCAAGGACUAUGCCCUCCGUCGGGAGGCCUAUGUCGACGACUUCUCGGCCCUCAACCAGCAUGCCAAUGACUACAUUGCCGAGGCUUCGCGCCGGGAGUUCCCCAACUCCAGCCAGGAGCUGGCCACCAUGGUGACCGAGGUGCAGACCCGUCGCGCGGAGGCCGACAAGCACCUCGGCGGUCUGGUCGAUGCCCUGGCCACCGAUGCCACGGGCCUGGCCAAUGACCAUGGCUACACCCCGCCGGCCAGCAUGGGCGUGGAGGAUGCGCGGAAGAUCGCCGCGUCGGUGCAUUCGGCCUUCGACGAUCGCGAGCGCGCCCUCAAGUGCAAGACCUACGAGGCGCACUUCGACGAGGUGGCCGGUCAGGUCCGCGCCGCCAAGAGCGCCGACGACAGCCGCGACUUCCCGGCCGACUUGGCCGCCGUCAACCAGCUCCUGGCCGACCUGGCCAAGGACCGGGACACCCAGCUGGCGGACUUCGAGCGCCAGGCCGAUGCCCUGCGCACCGAGUACCAGCUGCUGCACGACGAGUACCAGUACACCCCGCCCAUUGGCAAGGCCCUGUCGGAUUUGGAGCAGCUCCUGGCCAUCUUCCGCCAGGCCAAGGACAACCGCGAGCAUGCGCUCAAUGAGCAGCGCAAGCUCCUGGAAGACCAGGCCCGCGCGGCGCACUUCGCCAAGAACGAGCCGCAGAUCGAGAUCCUCCAGGCCAACAUCCGUGGGUUCCUCGGUCGCCGUGACCACCUGGAGCGCAUGGCCCUCCUGCGCGAGCAUGAGCCCUUCUGGGAGCGCAUCCAGGCCAUGAUCCGGGGGAAUGCCGUGCGCGCGCACCAUGCCGAGCGCAUGCGCCACUACCGCGAGCAUGAGAAGGAGAUCAUCAAGAUCCAGGCGCACUUCCGCCGGAAGAUCGCCCAGCAGCAGUACAAGGCCCUCAUGGCCAAGGAGAACACCUCCUUCGAGACCAUCCAGCGGUUUGUGCAUUUGCUGGACGACUCGGAGAAGGACUUCGACGAGGAGAUCGAGCUGGAGCGCCACAAGCAGCAGGUUGUCCUGCAGAUUCGCGAGAACCAGACCAAGGAGCGCGAGCUUGGCGAGUUGGAUGUCAAGAUUGCGCUGCUCAUUCGCAACCGCGUGUCGCUGGAUGAGUUCGUCGAGUCGACCAAGAAGUUCCUGCGCCAGCAGCAGAAGAAGUCCGAGCAGCAGCAGGAGACCGGCGGCUCGCUCAAGCUCCUGGAUCGCGAGUCCCGCGACAAGCUCAUGUCCUACCAGCAUCUGUUCUACCUGCUCCAGACCAAGCCCCACUACCUGGCCAAGCUCAUGUCGGCGCUCAAGAGCCGCGAGCAGAACCAGAAGUUCCUGGAGCAGGUGGUCCUCACCCUGUACAGCUAUGCGCACAAUGCCCGCGAGGAGUAUCUGCUGCUGUCGCUCUUCCGUGAUGCCCUCACCGAGGAAAUCACCCAUGUCAGCUCGGCCCAGGAGCUGCUGCGUGACAAUCCGGUUUUCAUCAACCUCAUUGUCCGGUACACGCGUGGUGCCAAGGAGCAGCAGUUCCUUCAUGGCCUGCUGAAGCCCCUGGUGUCGGAGAUCCUGGACAACCAGGAGCUCGACCUGGAUGUCGACCCGCUGACCAUCUACCGGACUCUCAUCAAGGAUGAGGAGUCCCGCACCGGUCAGGUGUCCACCCUGCAGUAUGACAUCAGCCGGUCGCAGGCCCUCGACAGCGAUGAGGUCAUGAAGAUCUUCGUUCGCCGUGUCAAGGACCUGCGGUCGAUGACCGACAAGUUCAUCACCGCCAUCAUGGAGUCCCUGCCGCACAUGCCGUAUGGCAUUCGGUACAUCGCGCGCGAGCUGCACCGUCUCAUGUCGGAGAAGCUCGGCCCGGGCGAGGAGCAUGAGAUCCUCAAGGUGGUCGGUCAUUUGAUCUACUACCGGUACAUCAACCCGGCCAUCGUGUCGCCGGACUUCUUCGGCGUGGUCGAGUCCGGCCGCGUGCGCCAGGAGGAGCGCAAGAACCUCGGUGAGAUUUCCAAGAUGCUGAUGCAGAUCAGUGUCGGCAAGCUCUUCGAGGACGAGCUGUUCUACCUGUCGUCGCUCAAUGAGUUUGUCCGCCAGUCGACCGACCGGUUCUUCAACUUCUUCCGCGAGGUGGGCAAUGUGGUCACCGUGGAGGAGUACUUCCAGGUGGACCGGUAUGACGAUCUGCUGACCAUCCAGAAGCCGAUUGUCUACAUGUCCACGGUGCAGAUCUACACCACGCACUCGCUGCUGCUGGAGUUCCGCGAGGACCUGGCCCCCGAGGCGUCGGACCAUCUGAAUGUCAUCCUCGAUGAGCUGGGCCAGCCCCCGGCCACGGUGGACAACCAGAGCCGCGAUCAGGAUGUCACUCUGAACCUGACCAAUCGGUUCCCGGAUUUGGAGUCGGAGGAUGCCCAGCGCAUGCGGCAGAUGUUCGUCGAGACCAAGCGCAUGUGCCUGUCUGUCAUGCGUGUGCAGCGUGGCAAGACCCUGAUGGCCAUCAUCGAGUCGCCGGUGACCGCCGAGCAGCAGGCCCUCUACGAGGCCCAGCUCCAGUCCGAGGAGAACAUCCGCCUGAACCGCGAGAGCCGCGCCGGGCACAAGAAGGAUGAGGAUGCCGCGGCGGCGGCGGCCGCCGCCGCCGCCGAGCCCCUGCAGCCGCAGAACCUCGAGCAGCUGAAGCAGCGCGUCCAGAGCAACCUCGAGCAGCUGGAGGCCGCCGGCAUGGUGUCCCGUGCCAAUGGCUACCAGGAGCUCCUGAAUGACAUUGCCAAGGAGAUUCGCAACAAGAACCGCCGCCGCAUCCAGCGCCGCUCGGAGCUGGUCAAGGUUCGUCAGACCCUGGAGAACCUCGACGAGAAGACCUCCUACCUGGAUGAGCAGAAGUCCAAGUACCAGGAGUACGUGGACUCCACCAUCAGUGGCAUGGUGGACAAGGCCAAGCCCCCCAAGAAGAAGGGGCUCGGCCUGUUCCGCGACUCCAAGAAGGACCAGAACGACAGCACCAUCUCCUACUCCUACACCGCGGAGCGCCUCUUCCAGAAGGGUGUCCUGUAUGAGCUGGAGAAUGUCCCGAAGAACGCCCGCAGCAAGGCCUACCUCACCAUCUCCAACACCCCGAAGUCCGGUGUCUACCAGAUCGAGGGCAAGCUGUUCGGCAUGACCGACACCCACGAGAUUUCCAUCGAGGACCUGCUGCAGAAGCAGUUCGACAACAUCCAGGCCAUGCAGAUCGGCAGCGCCAAGAUCAACGUCAACCUGAUGAUCUACCUGAUCAACAAGAAGUUCCUCAAGUCUUAAAGUGGCGUGGAAGCUGGGCUUCCCUUCUCUCUUUCUCUGUCUCUCUCUCUCUCUCUCUCUU